GGGCAAUUUAAGCAUAAAUUCGACCGCUGGAUGACAUUUGAGAAUGCGAGUCGACGUCGGAGGGCUGACAUUGCAACGCUCCAUACAGCCUCGACCAGCAACGAGGGAGGGCCGGAGGACGAGGAUAGGGCUCUUUUGAACAGCUCCAGGGCACCUUGAACCAAAGAUGGCGACCAAGCCAAAGCCUGGUGGACUGACCAUAGUCAUCAAGCUGGGCACAUCAUCUAUCGUGUCUCCGGAACCUCCUUACCUACCUCAUUUGCAACUACUCUCUUCGGUCGUAGAGACCGUUGUGAAGCUGCGCGAAUUAGGACAUCGAGUAGUGAUAUGCUCUUCAGGAGCUAUAGGCGUAGGACUGAGGCGGAUGUCUCUGAAAGAGAGGGGCAAGGGAUUGAGUCAGAAACAGGCUCUCGCAGCGAUUGGUCAAGGUCGACUCAUAGCACUUUGGGACAAUCUCUUCUCCCACUUUGAUCAACCUAUCGCACAGAUCUUGCUGACCCGGAUGGACAUCUCAGACCGCACACGGUAUCUCAAUGCCAAGAAUACGUUCUCCGAGCUGCUUCAAAUGGGCGUGAUCCCCAUCGUCAACGAGAAUGAUACAGUCUCCGUCUCGGAAAUCAAAUUCGGUGACAAUGACACUCUUUCGGCCAUCUCUUCAGCUAUCGUCCACGCAGACUUUUUGUUUCUCUUGACCGACGUUAGGUGUCUAUACACAGAUAAUCCUCGGAACAAUCCCGAUGCCAAGCCGGUCAGAGUGGUGAGGGAUAUCCAGAAAGUCCGACAGCAAGUCUCGACAACAUCUCUUGGGUCGUCGCUUGGGACUGGUGGCAUGUCGACGAAGCUAAUUGCAGCUGAACUCGCCACGGCCGCCGGGACGACGACCGUUAUCAUGCACUCGGCGCAUGUUCAAGAUAUCUUUGGUAUCAUCGACGGCGGUAUACCUCCCAGCAGGGAGGGAACGGAGACGCCAAGACUAGACGAAGGGCCGCUGUGUACUCGAUUCUUGAGACGAGAAAAUCCCAUCAACGAUCGUAAAUGGUGGAUCACGCACGGGCUCCACACUGCUGGGACUGUAAUCAUCGAUGAGGGCGCUCUGAGAGCGAUCAAACGACGCGAAUCAGGUACAAGGCUCCUUCCUGCUGGCGUGGUCCGAGUCGAAGGGAUAUUCGCAUCUCAUCAAGCAGUCAAAAUCGUCGUGAGACGAAGGAAGAAGCUUCACAUCACUGGAGGGUCUGGGACCAUCCCGAGCAUCAGGAAUGAACAUUCCACUGACUCUUACGAUGGUACUGAUUCGUCUUGCCCGCCAAGUCCGAAUACUAGUCCGGCCCCAAAAUUACAAACCUCCUCAACCGAUAGCUCGCCUUUGGGCCUGCAACCAGCUACACCUCUCCUCCAGCCUGUCAUGUCAUUGUCUUCCUCCAUCGCCUCACUGGAUCCGUUAUCAAGAUCUGUUCCUCCUAGUCCCGCACCCUUUGUCACGUCAAUGAGCGAACGUCUGGCCGCUGCGUCCUUGGACUCUCAAGGGGUCAAAUUGGUACAUGAGUUAGCUGUGGCUCGAGGGGAAAAGAAUGAGGUAGUGGAAGGAGAUUGGGAGGAGUUGGAGAUUGGAAAGGGACUGGCACAGUACAACUCAUCAGAAAUUGACAGGAUCAAGGGAAUGAAGAGUUCACAUAUAGAGCAGGUCCUCGGGUAUUGCGAUUCCGAGCACGUAGUAGACUCUAUCAGCUUCAUCUGACAGCUCGGGGCCAGAUUCGCUUCGACGAUUACGCCAACUGUACAUCACCAUACGAUGGUAUCCCGCAUAUGCAUUUGUAUACAUAUUAUGUCACCAAUUCGGUUGU